GUUGCUGCUGCCGCUGCCGCUCUGAUUCAGUGCAGGCUAGCUGAACUGAUCCAGAUACAGCUGAGUUAACUCAAUAACAGGAGCGCGGGGUUAUCUGGACGCUCUGCGGUCAGAAACACUGCAGCACACCAGAGCAGAGCAACACACUCGACCACACUCGUCUCGGGUCAUUUUGGUUUUGGCUAACUUAACUAAGCUCUCCUGGCUUUGUAAAUUAAAUCUAGCGAAAGCUACUACCGCCCUGUUGUUGUAGCUAAGCUAACGCUAGCUAUAGCUAUAGAUUAGCUAAGUUAGGUGAACUAGGUAAUUGAAGAUGGCUAUGAGAAGUGAAAGCAGAGUGGAGGUGGAGGCAGAAGUUGAAGAAGAGGAUAGUUUUGGACCACAGCCGCUGAACCGCCUGGAGCAAUGUGGUAUCAGUGCCAGUGACCUGAAAAAGCUGGAAGAUGCGGGAUUUCACACCAUCGAGGCUGUAGCAUAUGCCCCCAAAAAAGAACUGAUCAACAUUAAGGGCAUCAGUGAGGCCAAAGCUGACAAGAUUUUGGCAGAGGCUGCUAAACUGGUUCCAAUGGGCUUCACAACAGCAACAGAAUUUCACCAGCGGAGAGCUGAGAUCAUUCAGAUUUCCACUGGUUCCAAAGAGCUGGACAAGCUUCUGCAGGGUGGUAUUGAGACAGGUUCCAUCACAGAGAUGUUUGGGGAAUUUCGUACAGGAAAGACUCAGCUUUGUCACACGUUAGCAGUCACAUGUCAGCUGCCUAUCGAUCAGGGAGGAGGGGAAGGCAAAGCCAUGUACAUCGACACCGAGGGCACGUUCCGUCCAGAGAGACUUCUGGCUGUUGCUGAGAGGUAUGGGCUUGUCGGGAGCGAUGUCCUGGAUAAUGUAGCAUACGCACGAGCUUUCAACACAGACCAUCAAACACAGCUGCUGUACCAGGCUUCAGCUAUGAUGGCAGAGUCCAGGUAUGCUCUGCUGAUAGUGGACAGCGCAACUGCGCUCUACAGAACAGAUUAUUCUGGAAGAGGAGAGCUGUCUGCCCGGCAGGGUCACCUGGGACGCUUCCUCCGCAUGUUAUUGCGCCUUGCUGACGAGUUUGGAGUUGCUGUUGUCAUCACAAAUCAGGUUGUAGCUCAGGUGGAUGGGGCAGCCAUGUUCUCUGCAGAUCCCAAAAAACCCAUUGGAGGAAACAUCUUGGCACAUGCUUCCACUACCAGGCUGUAUUUGAGGAAGGGCAGAGGCGAAACUAGAAUCUGUAAAAUCUACGACUCUCCUUGCUUACCCGAGGCAGAAGCCAUGUUUGCAAUCAAUGCAGAUGGAGUGGGAGAUGCCAAAGACUGAGAACAGAGAGACAGCAAGCGAUUACAGCACUGUGGAUUCAUAGAGAAGACCCUGAAAUACAGGGUAGCUAAUACCAUCACAUACUUGCUCUCUCUUGUGCUAAAAAUCCUGCUGUUAUUAAGUGACGAGUAAGAUGACUGAAUGAUGUGGAAACAGCACUGUGCUCAAGACCCUGUUUCAACCUGAUUUUUGCACAUAAACCAGAGUUGUUCUGUGUUCACAUGCUACACACACACACACACACACACACACACAACCUAAAAAAAAGCUAAUUGUUUUGAACCAGUAGGAGAACUUCACAAAGCAGAACAGCUACACCAGUUUAACUCCAAGUUAAAGGUACAAUAUGUAGUCUUCUCUACAGGUCACAAUACAUUGUUAGGUUUUACUGACAUGUUGCAGCCUCUAUGACUUCUUAAGUUGUCCUGUGUCCUCACAAUAUGGCAGUAUGAAGUGUUGGGUAAUAUUAAUUUGGUUAAACAAUUAUUAUACAAGUAAUUUACAGAAAAAAAAAUACUUAUUGUAGCUUUACAUUCCAUCCAACAGGAAUGAGGUUAAGCUGUUUUUCUGAACUGAAGUCCUACUCUGUGAAAUUCUCCUCAAAGCUCUUUUGUUUGCAGUUAGAUGAGACUUGUGCUUUUUAAGUUGUGCAAGUUUGAAUAAUGUCCACAUAAAAUAUCCCAUUUUAUACCUGUACUACUCUACAUUUAAAAGGGUGACUCACAAGAAUAAGUAAUUUAAUGCUAAUAUGGUAAACAGUGGAUGGAAACUAGUAGCCAAGUUACCAUGAUAUUUGCAUUAUGCUCAUUUUACAUUAUUUGCUUUCACUCUUUGUUAGCAACCUUAGCAUUGUUGAUGGAACUGUUCCUUUUAAGUUACAAAGUUACCCAGUCAGGUGUGUUGGAGCAGGCAAAGCUGCACUCUGCCACCUGUAGGUCGAGAGUGAGUACUGCAGGUUUGUGUAUUGUGGUCUAAACACAGUGUUUCUCAACCCUUGUCCUUGAGGCCCACUUCCCUGUAAAUGUUUGGGUUUUCAUGCUGUAACACAGCCGUUUUGCUCAAAAAUGGGUUAGUAAUGGGCUGAUUAGUUUAAACUGGUGUGUUGGGAACAGAGAAAACACAAAAAUGUGCAGGUCAGAGGGCCUCGAGGACCACAGUUGAAACAAACACUGGUCUUACAGCAUUUUGGGGCAAAAUAUAUUUAGAAUUAUUGGGUGAAUCUAGCCAUAUUAUUUGUUCUUUUUCCUGUUUGUACUUUCUGUGUGACUGCUGUUUGUUUAAAUUGUAUCUGUCCUUUCUGUACAUAAAAUCCUCUAUCUCACACUAA